CGGGCGAGGGCGGUCCAUUGAUUCCGCUCAACACGGAAGACAUCGCGACAACAUACGCUACGCUGGCUUGACGGAGCGCUCGCUCGCUCACAUCUGGGCUUUCAUCGGUGAUGAGUUGUGACAGCACAUACUGGAUCUGCCCAAGGCCUGCCAAGUCAGUGGAACCUCUGGCUGACAGAAUACCUCCUGUUGACGUACACAAAAAACACGGUUUCAGCAGAUGAGGCCUUGAUCCAAAUGGAAUGGCUCCAAGAUGGCUUUUCUCAAUCUUAAUAGUCAACAUGGCAAUUUCUUUUGCUGCUGCAGGUCCUCCAGAGCCCCCUUCCAAACCCAAGUGCCACAUUCCAUGUCAUGACAGCUGCGGGGUUGAUAUUUACUGUCAUUGGAAUCACAAAAUUGAUCCUCCGACAAAUUCCAGUCUCCACUGGAAAAGAGAAAACGGCAGAGAGGAAUUUGUGCAUACUGGGGCCAGUUGGAGUGGGACGAUCGGCCGGGAACACUUUUCCAUGAACGGUGAACUUCAAGUUUGGGUGAAGGCUGAGAACAAAAACGGUUCUGCCAAAUCUCAAGUGGCUGUUUUCAACACAGGAGACAUUAUGAAGCCGUCGCCUCCUGUCAUUUCAUCGAGCCCCCAAGAUCCUUUGGAAAUAUCCUGGAGUUCCAUCUGCGAUGAGCCGCACCUCUCUUUGGGAAAGUGCCAUGUGCAAUUUCGGACUCAAGCAGAAACACGCUGGCAUGAGGAAGAAAUUGGAGCGCAAGGCAGCUACGACUUUGACAGCCUGGUGGAGGCUGGUAUCGUGUAUGAAAUUCAGGUUCGCUGUUCCUGUGCCACGGGCUUGAGCAGCGACUGGAGUGCAAUUCACAGAAUCUGCCUUGAAACAGCCCCCACUGGACCGAUAAAUGUAUGGAAGGACUGCGGCGUGCCUGCCACAAAUUUGGACUGUGCUAUGACUUGGAAGAAGCUUCCUCUAUCGCAGGCUUGUGGCCACAUUCUGGGCUACAAAGUCAAGCUGUUCUCCAAACACGGCACGAGCGUACUAAUGAAUAUUUCCGCCGCUGAGCCGAUGGACUGCUUGGUGUGCGACGGGCCGCAUUGCCAUCUCAACUCCUCUCUAAAGAACAUAUCGUCGGCCGCUAUAUCAGCCUACAACGCCCAUGGUGCUACUCUGCCCGCUUACAUCACAAUUCCAACAACGCUAGGUAAAGUGACAAGCGAGCACCCUAUCGAUGUCAGGAUGAAUACGGCGAACCUCACCGUCUCGUGGAAUCUUCCAUCUCAUCUCCCUGAUGCCAAAUCAUUUAAGGAAUAUGUGGUGCAAUACAAACAAGCAGGAAGUCCUCUGGGCAAAGGAUUUGAUUGGAUCAGAGUCAAUAAAAGCUGUACUACAUUUACAUUUACAGGUCAUUUUGAAAAAUACAGAGCCUACCAGGUGUCACUGUUCGCUGUUAGGAGCAAUCAAGAAAGCCGUCUUAUUUCAUCGGCGAUUGGAUAUUCUUGUCAUGGAAUUCCCGCCAAAGUGCGUUCAUUUAAAGUCAUUUCCAUUGCUGCGACGCAUGCGACACUAUUUUGGGAGCCUGCGGUGCUGACGGAACAGAACGGCCAGAUCCUCUAUUACCAAAUCGGCGUUCAUGGCCAAAUGGCCGUGCACAACGUGAGCGCUUCCCCUCAGAGAGAAAAUAAGACGUUUGAGCUGGCCAAUCUCAAGCCCAAUCAGGAGUGUCAAGUGUGGAUCAAGGCUGUGACUGAAGCUGGGCCAGGAGCCAACGUCACCACCAGUUUCAUCACAAAGCAACCUGAGCAUCUUGUGUUGCAAUCAAAAUCACACAUAUUUGCCCCCCUGCUCGGUCUCUUGGUCAUAAUGUGCUGUCUUUUUGCUUUAUACAGUUUGCAUCAAGGAUCGAGCAAGACGUGUCUGUGUAUAAACGAGAACGUACCAGAUCCGUACAAUAGCACCAUCUUCCAAAUGCUCCAGUAUCAGGCCAAGCAGGCCAAUGAGGCCUUGUCUUGGAUCAGCGUCCCCAUCUCUGAAGCACAUCCUACCAUGUCUACGUUAGAGAUCGUGCUCACCCAGCCACCUGUAUGUGAACACAAGUGCCUCCCUGAAGAGCACACAAACCCAGCAGGAUGUACAAGGCAAAGACAAUAUGGCAAAGAGCAGCAGUACAGCAAAAUGGUUGACUCGGCGGAGGGAAAGGAUUUAAGCCGAGUAGAUGACGCUGGGAGUUCAUCAGAAGAGGAGGAACAAGACGCAUCGGGAUAUGAACAGCACUUCAUGCCAACAGCGGCCCAAAUACGCGAUACUUGACACACAAAUAUUAGCCGUGAUGACUUUUGACUAUUUGUUGACAUUUUCAAUUUACAAAUGAUUGGUUGUUUUUAUUACUGCUUUUAUACUUACAAAUGCACCGUAUUGGGUGUUUUUAAUGCUGAAUGAGGUCUCCAAGAUUUCAUGAGUAAUAUCUGUUUAUUCUUUUUAGUUCGACCGACUGUAUACAAAGAAGAACAUGCGGUAUUAACUCAAUACACAUGACUGAAUGCACAUUUAAAGAGAAUGGAUUCUGCUGUACCGUUUAUUAGGAGUAUUUUGAUGUACUAUUUUUCACUCUAUACAGCACUUUUAUAUUUUCUUACAUGAAUUGUCAUUUCAAAGUGAACGUCAGUGGAUGGAGUUAACAUUUUUGAAGCAAUAGCUGCCGUCUAUAAUGAAAAAUGCAGUUAUGAUCGUAACUUGGUGCCAAUAGAGGUAGGAUAUGACAGAGUCACCGAGUUGAAUAAAGAAACUAUUUUAAAUAUGCAA